CUCACGUUUUGCCCACAUCUCGCCGGCGAGGCUGCGGGGGGAGCAGCGGAGGAAGAAGCGAAGCUACCCAACCGACCAAGCUCGUCGCCAGACGCGGCCCGUGGGUGCGGCGACCGGAGCGGCGUGCCCUCGUACCUAGGAUUCCUCCAGGGUACCGGUGUCCUCUCGCCCUCCGCAGCCGACGGCGAUGAGCUCGUCCCUGCAGGGACCCCUGCUCGCUCCUGCUCCGCUGCCGCCCGCCCCCGCAGGAGAUACAGAAGCUGGUCAAAGCAUUGCAAGUCUUCAAGCAACGACCGGGAAUUAUACACCACGGUUGGGUCAAGAAUUUGUCUCUGAACUUGAGGCAUACGAGUUCUAUCUGUAUUAUGCACGGAAGGUGGGGUUCAGUGUCCGAAAGGAAUAUGCUAAUAAAAGCAGGAAAACUGGCGAGAUAACCUCCAGUAAGUAUGUUUGUUCAAGGGAAGGUUUCAAAGCCCCAGAUAAAAGAACUAAUCAUUCCAAGACUCCGCAGCCUCAUACAAGAACAGGAUGUAAGGCCAGUUUGGUCAUGAGGCGCAACAACGAUAAUGCAAAGUAUGAAGUCUACGCUUUUGAGCCGCAGCACAAUCAUCCUUUGUUUGUUCCAUCCUGUGCUAAUCCUUUGCAAAGGAAGUUAGGCGAUUUUCAAUCAUCAGAAACCGAUAACUCCAGUAAUGUGACUAAUGCCGGUAAAUCCGAAAGCAGAAAUUCUGAUCUAGGUGACAAUGCUGUUACUUCCAAAGAAUGGCAAUGCCCCCUGCGAACUAAAAGGCAACGGGAAAUCAAGUAUGGAGAAGCUUCUGCGAUUUUGAACUACCUCCAAAACCAAUCUCGAGCAGAUCCUUUAUUUUAUCAUGCUGUACAGCUGGAUGCUGAAGAUAAAGUUGCGAACAUUUUCUGGGCAGAUGUGAAGAUGCUCACUGACUGUGGUCAAUUUGGUGAUGUUGUUUCAUUUGAUAUUGUAUCCAGAAACAACAUGAGCAUCCGACCUUUUGCUUCAUUUAUCGGGUUUAACAAUUAUGGGGAGACUGUUUUGCUAGGAAUGGCACUUAUGUAUGAUGAUACUGUAGAAUCAUUCCAAUGGCUGUUUGACACGUUCCUGAAUGCAAUGUCUGGACGAGCGCCUAGGACUAUCUUUUCAUGUCAAGAUGCAACUGUAGGAAAGGCCAUCUCAUUGGUGAUGCCCAACACAUGUCAUGCAAUAUGUACAUGGCACCUGAAGCAGACUGCAAAAAGAAACCUAAAUCACCUUCUUAGAGGGGACUGUAAUUUCAUGAAGGAAUUCAAGGCAUGCAUCAAUGAUUAUGAGGAGGAGAUGGAGUUUCUCACUUCUUGGGAAGUUAUGAUCAGUAAGUAUAGUCUUCAUGGUAAUGUGUGGCUGCAAAAGGUAUUUGAAGAAAAAGAAAAAUGGGCUAGACCGUACAUGAAGUGGACAUUUUCAGCUGGGAUGAAGAACACACAAUUGAAUGAACGUCUGCAUUCUGAUGUUCAGGAUUAUUUGAGAUCAGACAUAGAUAUUACUCUAUUCUUGAGACACCUUCAGAAAGUGGUCAAUGACAGACGGUGUACAGAAUUGGAAAUCGAAUUUAGUUCAAGGCUAAAGUUGCCAGGCUUCAAGAUCAGAGCCCCUAUUCUGAUACAAGCUUCUGAGGCCUAUACUGAUAUGAUAUUUCAGAUUUUCCAAGAAGAAUACGAAGAGUUCCAGUCAGCUUACAUUGUGAGUUGUGAUGAAUGUGGCCCCUGCCGAGAGUAUAUUGUUGCCAUUCUUGAGAAAGAAAGGAAGCAUAGAGUCUUCGGAAAUCCUUCCGAGCAGACUGUUUCAUGUUCAUGUAGGAAGUUUGAGACACUUGGUUUCUUGUGCAGCCAUGCUUUGAAAAUUUUAGAUACCAUGGAUAUAAAGUAUCUGCCACAUAGGUACAUCUUGAAGCGGUGGACCAAAUAUGCAAGGAGUUCAACUGCUCCACAGAUUCACAGUCGAAAAGUUCAAGAAGAUACUACAUUGGAGUUUUCUAGUCGCUACCGAUACUUGUGCCCAAUAUAUGUUAGACUUGUUGCUAGGGCAUCAGAAUGUGAGGAAUCGUACAGAUUGCUAGAUCAAUGCUCAGUAGAACUGGGGAAGAAAGUUGAAGAAAUCCUGCAGAAACAAACUGGCAUCGAUGCAUCAGCCUCUCAGCCUGAUGUUGAGGACAUCCAGAUAUCCUUAUCUGCUAGUACCACGGACAAUGAGUCAGAACGAGCAAUGGAUUAUUCAAGCAAUACAAGAGCAAAGAGACCCAAAAAGAAAAGUCAUAGAGGUAAAAGUCAAACAAGAAGAUGCAUCAAAAAAGGCUUACAGAAUAAGAAAACACUGCAGCCAGGCCAACCUGCAAUGCAAUUUCCAAUGUUAGAUGCUGCUACUCAACCUGGAAAUGGUUUGUUUCAGGGGAUUGACCUUUCAAGUUCAUUUCCAAUGGGGCAAGUGCAUUACGAGAAAAUGCAGCCAGGCUUUAAGUCUUAGUUUCACAAAGUCAUUGCCUUUCAGGAACUAGGUUUCGCUGCAUAUCACGCUUCUUACCCAUCAAGUAACACCAACAUAGCCAGCAGGUAUAUGAUGGCUUGUAGUGAAUAGUGAUAGCGCAUUUCUGUUCUGAUGGAAUGGACCCACCACCUCAAGUUCAGCUAUCUAUCAGUCAGCGACUAGAAGCCAGGGACGGAGUUUAGUUAUGGCCAAUAGGGGCAAUGGGCCCCCUUCAAUAUUGUAAUCCUUUGGUAAAUAUAGUGCAUAUUAGGUCUAACAGCUAAAUUUACUUGAAAAUGACCACCUCUUUCUUGUGUUA